AUGGACCUGUAUGAGACCAGAGGAGGACGACUGGAUGCAAUCACAGAGGAAGCCGAGCACCAGGAGUUGUUAAGCCGCGGGUCGAGCACCAUGGAUCCCCACAGUGUGGUACCAGACAGAGGAAGGAGGGCGACCCGGGACGUCACCACCCUGCAGAGGUUCUCCGUCGACACCAACGAGUCCCUCCGAUUUGAGCCCUGUGAGGACAGUCCUUCUCCCACUGGGGCUGAAGAUGGCGAUGAUGAUGAUGAUGUGUUUAAGGAGGAAGGAACUGAGCAAAAGAUCCUCAUGACCAGGAAUCGGUUGCAAGGGAAGGUUGCCGAGAUGGAGAACUUUGCUGGUCAUCUGGAGGAAAUCUUUCUCACUGUGGAGGAGAACUUUGGCCGUAAGGAGCAGAACCUGGAGCAGCACUACAAUGACGUGCUGCAGACGUUGUCUCAGCGAUAUGACGAGCGGGCGGCUGGACUGGAGGAGGAGAAGAAGAGCAAGCUGGAGGCUCUGUACAAUCAGCUGCUCGCUUGUGGUCAAGCGCUCGAUGCCUCCAAGGAGCUCAUUGAGGCGGCCCAGGAGGUCCACCGCAGCCGGGACAAAAGGCUUUUUCUCAAGACAGUCAUGCCCACCAUGAAAAGAAUCAAGGAGUUUGCCAAAGACGAGGUCGACCUCACGUUGUCCACACGUCUUGAGUUUGACACGCCUCUUGCUGAUCUGUCAGACGUGAAAACCAUGAUGGACUCCAUCAAUGUUGUUCCAGCUCCAUCCGCCCCAGUAAUCAACCCCCAGAUGCCCAACUCCGCCACCCAGACGUCGCUGCGCGUGUGCUGGAGCCUGUUCUCCGACGACACGGUGGAGUACUACGAGCUGUACUACAGACCAGUGCUGGAGGACACCCCGGUGGACAGCACCUGUGCACCACAAGUGAGUAAAGUAAAAGUGAAGGAGACUCACUGCACUGUGACAGAUCUGCUGCCCGAUGCUCAGUACGAGCUCUGGGUCACGGCCACCAACACCACAGGCAUCAGCCCGGCCAGCGAGAAGGCCUUAUACAUGACAGUGCCGUCGCCUCCAGUGAUCAAGCAGAGGGAGUGUAGCAGCUGCCCAGAGGCGGCCAUGCUCCGCUGGGAGUCAGGGAACACCAACCCUGUCGACUCCUACACUGUGGACCUCAGUGAGGUGGGGACUGACGGCACAGAGAGCGGCGUCACCGAGUCUAUAGUGGCUGUGCCCACCUGUCAGUGUCUGAUCCAGCUGCAGACGGGACGGCGUUACCUCAUCUCUGUGCGAGCGGUUAACAUCGGCGGCCCCAGCGACAGGAGUGACGUCAUUACUGUCUCCACAACAGGUACAUUCUUCCGUCUUGUGGAAGACACUGCUCACCCCUGCCUGUCCCUCUCUGAGGACGGCUUCACCAUGUUUUAUGGAGAUGAGGAGCUCCCCAUCAGUGCCAUGGCCUUAGACGACAGAACCUUCAACAGAUGUGUGGCUGUGCUGGGAGAUCUGAUUCCAGUGCGAGGGAGACAUUACUGGGAGGUUGAGGUGGACGAUGGGACAGAGUUUAGGAUUGGAGUUGCAUACGAGGACACAGAGAGGAGCUCGUACCUCGGAGCCAACGCUACCUCCUGGUGCAUGAGACACAUCGUCACUCCGUCCAGGCACAAAUAUGAGUUUCUGCACAACGGUUGGAGUCCUGACCUGAGGAUUACAGUGAACCCAGUGCGGAUAGGAGUGGCACUGGACUAUGAGAUGGGAACUCUGUCCUUCUUCAACGUGGAUCUGGAACAACACCUACACACCUUCAACAGUCACUUUCAAAAUUAUGUCCAGCCUUGUUUUAGCCUGGACAACCCAGGAGCUCUAACUGUCCACAACAGCAUAGAGGCUCCACAGUACACGUUCAUCUGACACCAGCUAUCUUAGCUGGUCUUCUAGCAGGAAGUGGAAUAACUUUGAUUAAAAAAAAGAAGUUGACAUCCCAAAUAAAGAAAUACGUCUUAAAGAAAAAUCAGCUUUUCUUCAUCGGCAGUAGAAAAGGCGUGUGAUCCAAAAUAAGGGGUUUUCAGUUGUUUUUAUUAUAGUAUUCCAUGGGAACAGGCAAACACCAUUUUCCAAGAUAAGAAAAAGUUUCACUGAAUUUUACAAUAUGUUCUUAUAUCAUCAGUAACUCUGCAGAGAACACGUGUCCAUAGAAGGAAUAAGGGGCUUGUUCUUGAUUAACAAAAGAUGCAUUGAAAAUAAAAAUGAAACUGUUAAAGAGGGGGAAAAAAAUUAUAUUCAAUAUUUAAAAAAAAAAAAAAAAAAGGAAAAAUCCACCAUGAAUAUUUCCACAGUGUUGGCUUCUGAUGAUGUGCUUCACUGGACCCAUUUGUUUAACGGAGGUGGAGAAAACUUAAAGACAGUAAUAACACAAAGGGGAUUUGUCUUCUCUAAAACCACAUCCUCAAGGACUGAAAGGACAUUAGGCCACAUGUUUUAAAUGUGUUGCAUUUUAUGUCAUGUGGCCAUAAACAAACGCACAAUAACAGUGUUGUAGUUUGCAGGGUAUCUAUAUUUACAUUUUCUAUGUAAGUGGAUAUUUAAAAACACCAAAUUCACACCAACUGUGUGAGGGAUCAAAGAAAGGCAUUCUGAGAAGCUAGGAGAAA